AACCAAACACAGACACAAUAACAUUCCUGGCCCCUGAGAUGCAUAUCCGUAUUUGGCAGAGAGGCUUCAUUUAUAAAGAGGACACAUGGUCUGGACCACAAUAGGCCACCAUACUACUGCAAGAACCAUUACCUCCAUCAGUCAUCAUAAAGGGGUUGGUGUGACACAGUAAAUCAUGGGAGACGCUCAUAUGGCAGAGUUCGGGCCCGCAGCCCCUUACUUGAGGAAGUCAGACAGGGAGCGUCUGGAGGCCCAGACCCGUCCCUUCGACAUGAAGAAGGAAUGCUUUGUGCCUGACACCGAAGUGGAAUUUGUGAAGGCUUCCAUCACCAGCAGAGAUGGUGACAAAGUCACUGCUGACACUGCGAAUGGGAAGACUGUGACUGUGAAGGACUGUGAUGUCCACCCUCAGAACCCGCCAAAGUUUGAUAAAAUUGAAGACAUGGCGAUGUUUACCUUCCUUCAUGAGCCAGCUGUGCUGUUCAACCUCAAAGAGCGUUAUGCAGCAUGGAUGAUCUACACCUACUCCGGGCUGUUCUGUGUCACUGUCAACCCCUACAAGUGGCUGCCAGUAUAUAACCAGGAGGUGGUCUCAGCCUACAGAGGCAAGAAGAGGAGUGAAGCUCCUCCUCACAUCUUUUCUAUCUCCGAUAACGCCUAUCAGUACAUGCUGACAGACAGGGAGAACCAAUCCAUUCUUAUCACCGGAGAAUCUGGUGCUGGGAAGACUGUCAACACCAAGAGAGUCAUUCAGUACUACGCCAGUAUUGCAGCUGUAGGAGGAAAGAAGGACACAGCCUCUGAGAAAAAGGGGACUUUGGAGGAUCAAAUCAUCCAGGCUAACCCAGCUCUGGAGGCAUUUGGUAACGCCAAGACCAUUAGAAAUGACAACUCUUCAAGAUUCGGCAAAUUCAUCCGAAUUCAUUUUGCUGCUAGUGGAAAGCUAGCCUCCGCAGACAUUGAGACCUAUCUGUUAGAGAAGUCCCGUGUGACUUUCCAGCUCAAGGCUGAGAGAGACUAUCACAUUUUCUACCAGAUUCUGUCCCAAAGGAAACCAGAGUUGCUCGAGAUGAUGCUCAUCACCAACAACCCCUAUGACUACCAAUUCAUCUCCCAAGGAGAGACGACUGUAGCCUCCAUCGACGAUGGUGAUGAGUUGUGUGCCACCGAUGAAGCUUUUGAUGUCCUGGGCUUCACUCAGGAGGAGAAGAAUGGCAUUUACAAGCUGACUGGUGCUAUCAUGCACUAUGGCAACAUGAAGUUCAAGCUGAAACAGCGCGAGGAGCAGGCAGAGGCUGAUGGCACUGAGGAUGCUGACAAAGUGUCAUAUCUGAUGGGCCUGAACUCUGCUGACCUCAUCAAGGGUCUCUGUCACCCAAGGGUCAAAGUAGGGAACGAGUGGGUCACCAAGGGGCAAACUGUCCAACAGGUGAACUAUUCCAUUGGUGCACUGUCAAAGUCAGUGUAUGAAAAGAUGUUCCUCUGGAUGGUGGUGAGAAUCAACCAAUCCUUGGACACCAAGCAGCCUCGCCAGUACUUCAUUGGUGUAUUGGACAUCGCUGGGUUUGAGAUCUUUGAUUACAACACCUUUGAGCAGCUCUGCAUCAACUUCACCAAUGAAAAGCUGCAACAGUUUUUCAACCACCACAUGUUUGUGCUGGAGCAAGAGGAGUACAAGAAAGAGGGAAUUGAAUGGGAGUUCAUUGACUUUGGCAUGGACUUGCAGGCUUGCAUUGACCUUAUUGAAAAGCCAAUGGGUAUCAUGUCCAUCCUUGAAGAGGAGUGCAUGUUCCCCAAGGCCAGCGAUGCUACCUUUAAAUCCAAGCUUUACGACAACCAUCUUGGAAAAUCCAACAACUUCCAGAAGCCCAGGCUUAUGAAAGGGAAACCAGAGGCUCAUUUCUCCCUGAUUCACUAUGCUGGUACUGUGGACUACAAUAUUUUCAACUGGCUGGUAAAGAACAAGGAUCCACUGAAUGAGACUGUGGUCGGACUGUUCCAGAAGUCUAACCUCAAAUUGUUGACCGUGCUCUUCCAGAAUUAUGCUGGAACAGAUGCUGCUGAUGAUAGCAAGGCAAGUGGAAAGAAGAAGAAGGGAUCAUCCUUUCAGACUGUGUCUGCCUUGCACAGGGAAAACCUGAACAAGCUGAUGACCAACUUGAGGUCCACUCACCCUCACUUUGUGCGCUGCAUCAUCCCCAAUGAGACCAAGACUCCUGGGGCCAUGGAGAAUCCUCUGGUCAUGCACCAGCUGCGCUGUAACGGUGUGCUGGAAGGCAUCAGGAUCUGCAGAAAGGGCUUCCCCAAUAGGGUCCUGUAUGGAGACUUCAAGCAGAGAUACCGUAUCCUGAAUCCUGCUGCCAUCCCCGAAGGACAGUUUAUUGACAGCAAGAAAGGAGCUGAGAAAUUACUUGGGUCUUUGGAUAUUGAUCACACUCAAUACAGAUUUGGACACACUAAGGUGUUCUUCAAGGCUGGUCUACUUGGUCAGCUGGAGGAGAUGAGAGAUGACCGUUUGUCCCUCAUUAUCACUGGAAUCCAGUCCAGAGCACGAGGUCUGCUGGCUAGAGCUGAAUUCCAGAAGAUUGUUGAACGAAGAGAUGCAUUACUUGUGAUCCAAUGGAAUGUACGUGCGUUCAUGGGGGUCAAGAAUUGGCCCUGGAUGAAGUUAUUCUUUAAGAUCAAGCCUCUGCUGAAAUCUGCUGAGUCUGAGAAGGAGAUGGCCAACAUGAAGGAAGAGUUCUUGAAGCUGAAAGAGGCUUAUGCAAAGUCUGAGGCUCGCAGGAAGGAACUAGAGGAGAAAAUGGUCUCUCUUCUCCAAGAGAAAAAUGACUUACAGCUUUCAGUUCAGGCAGAGCAAGAUAAUCUUUGCGAUGCUGAGGAAAGAUGUGAACAACUGAUCAAACACAAGAUUCAGUUGGAAGCUAAAUCCAAAGAGCUGACUGAGAGACUGGAGGAUGAAGAGGAGAUGAAUGCAGAACUGACCGCUAAGAAGAGGAAACUGGAGGACGAGUGCUCUGAGAUAAAGAAGGACAUUGAUGACCUGGAGCUCACUCUGGCUAAAGUGGAGAAGGAGAAGCACGCCACAGAGAACAAGGUGAAGAACCUGACUGAGGAAAUGGCAGCUCUAGAUGAAAUCAUUGCCAAGCUGACCAAGGAGAAGAAAGCUCUCCAGGAGGCUCACCAGCAAACACUGGACGACCUGCAGAGUGAGGAAGACAAAGUCAACACUCUAACAAAGGCAAAGGCUAAGCUGGAGCAACAAGUUGAUGACCUUGAGGGUUCUCUGGAGCAAGAGAAGAAGGUCCGUAUGGAUCUUGAAAGAGCCAAGAGGAAGCUUGAGGGAGACUUGAAGUUGACCCAGGAAAGUCUAAUGGACCUGGAGAAUGAUAAACAGCAACUAGAGGAACGUCUUAAGAAGAAAGACUUUGAGGUCAGCCAGCUGAACAGUAAAAUAGAAGAUGAGCAAGCAGCUAACAUUCAGCUGCAGAAGAAACUAAAGGAGCUUCAGGCUCGUAUUGAGGAGCUGGAGGAAGAGCUCGAGGCAGAAAGAGCUGCCCGAGCCAAGGUGGAGAAGCAAAGAGCAGACUUGGCCAGAGAGCUGGAGGACAUCAGUGAGAGGCUGGAGGAGGCUGGUGGAGCCACAUCUGUCCAGAUUGAGAUGAACAAGAAGAGGGAGAAUGAGUUCCUGAAGCUCCGCAGAGACCUUGAAGAGGCCACUCUGCAGCACGAGGCUACAGCUGCCACACUCAGGAAAAAACAAGCUGACAGUGUCGCUGACCUUGGGGAACAAAUAGACAACUUGCAGAGAGUGAAGCAGAAACUGGAGAAGGAGAAGAGCGAGCUCAGGCUUGAACUUGAUGAUGUUGUCUCCAACAUGGAACAUAUUGUGAAGUCCAAGACCAAUUUAGAGAAGGCAUGCAGGACCUUGGAAGAUCAGAUGAGUGAAUAUCGGGCAAAGUAUGAGGAGGGCAUGCGCAGUAUCAAUGACUUCAGCAUGUGUAAAGCUAGGCUGCAGACAGAGAAUGGGGAGCUUUCCAGGCAGCUUGAGGAGAAGGACUCCCUUGUAUCUCAGCUAAGUAGAGGGAAGCUGUCCUACACUCAGCAGAUUGAGGACCUCAAAAGACAACUGGAGGAGGAAACAAAGGCAAAGAAUGCACUAGCCCAUGCAGUGCAAUCUGCUCGACAUGAUGGUGACCUGCUCCGCGAGCAGUAUGAGGAGGAGCAGGAGGCCAAGGCUGAGCUGCAGCGUGGCAUGUCCAAGGCUAACUCUGAGGUGGCUCAGUGGAGAACAAAGUACGAGACCGAUGCCAUUCAGAGGACUGAGGAGCUGGAGGAAGCCAAGAAGAAGCUGGCUCAGCGUCUGCAGGAUGCUGAAGAAGCUGUGGAGGCAGUGAACGCCAAGUGUUCCUCCCUGGAGAAGACCAAACACAGACUGCAGAAUGAGAUUGAAGAUCUCAUGGUGGAUGUGGAACGGUCUAAUGCUGCUGCUGCUGCUCUGGACAAGAAACAAAGAAACUUUGACAAAGUUCUGUCUGAGUGGAAGCAGAAGUAUGAGGAGUCUCAGUGUGAGCUAGAGAGCUCACAGAAAGAGGCCAGGUCUCUGAGCACUGAACUCUUCAAGCUGAAGAACUCCUAUGAGGAAACUUUGGAUCAGCUCGAGACAAUGAAGAGGGAGAACAAGAACCUCCAAGAGGAGAUUUCCGACCUUACUGAGCAACUUGGUGAAGGAGGAAAGAGCAUCCAUGAGCUGGAGAAAAUAAGGAAACAGCUGGAACAGGAGAAAAGUGAGAUCCAAUCUGCUCUGGAGGAAGCUGAGGCUUCUCUGGAACACGAGGAGGGUAAGAUUCUGAGAGCCCAGCUAGAGUUUAAUCAGGUAAAGGCUGAUAUUGAGCGCAAGCUGACUGAGAAGGACGAGGAGAUGGAGCAGUCCAAGAGGAAUCUGCAGAGGGCCAUUGAUACCCUGCAGAGCUCUCUUGAGGCAGAGUGCCGGAGCAGGACUGAGGCCCUCAGGCUGAAAAAGAAGAUGGAGGGAGACCUCAAUGAGAUGGAAAUCCAGCUCAGCCAAUCCAACAGGCAGGCAUCAGAGGCCCAGAAACAGCUAAAGAGUGUUCAUGCUCAUCUGAAGGAUGCCCAACUCCAGUUAGAUGACUCUCUUCGUUCCAAUGAUGAUCUGAAGGAAAACAUUGCCAUUGUAGAGAGACGCAACAAUCUGAUGCAGGCAGAGCUGGAGGAGCUAAGAAGCUGUCUUGAACAGACUGAGAGAGGCCGCAAGCUAGCUGAGCAAGAGCUGCUGGACAUCAGUGAGAGGGUGCAGCUGCUGCACUCACAGAACACCAGCCUGCUGAACCAAAAGAAGAAGCUGGAGAGCGACACAAACCAGCUUCAGACUGAGGUGGAGGAGGCAGUCCAGGAGUGCAGAAAUGCUGAAGAAAAGGCCAAGAAGGCCAUUACUGAUGCUGCCAUGAUGGCAGAGGAGUUGAAGAAGGAGCAGGACACCAGUUCUCACCUGGAGCGAAUGAAGAAGAACAUGGAGCAGACCAUCAAGGACCUGCAGCACCGCCUGGAUGAGGCUGAACAAAUCGCCAUGAAGGGGGGCAAGAAGCAGGUUCAGAAGCUGGAGAACAGGGUGAGGGAGCUGGAGAAUGAGGUCGAGGGUGAGCAGAAGAAGGGUGCUGAUGCAAUCAAAGGAAUUCGUAAAUAUGAGAGGCGUAUCAAGGAACUCACCUACCAGACUGAUGAGGACCGCAAGAAUAUGACCCGCCUCCAAGACCUUGUGGAUAAGCUGCAACUGAAAGUGAAAGCCUACAAGAGAUCUGCCGAGGAAGCUGAGGAGCAAGCCAACAACCAUCUGGGCAAGUUCCGCAAAAUACAACAUGAGCUGGAUGAGGCUGAGGAAAGGGCCGACAUCGCUGAGUCUCAGGUCAACAAGCUGCGUGCCAAGAGCCGUGAUGUUGGUUCCAAGAAAGGGCACGAUGAAGAGUGAAGCUCUCAUAUGGACCUCUGAAACCUUCUGCUGUGGUGAAGUCUAUCCAAAUCCUAAAGUAUCUCUGUAGAAUAAAGUCAAAUCGCAAUCAGA